AGUUCGUUUUUAGGCGGGUUAGGUGAUAAAAGUGCAACUCCCUGGUUUAUUUUUCUAUCUAUAUUUGCUGUAGUUAUUUUAACCAUAAUUAUAUUUUAACAAUCCGAGGUAGAUUUAUUUUAAGAUAAUUAAUAUAUUUUUAGGACAGUGUAGAUUAAAAUCCGUCUCUAUGUAUGAGCGGUUAGUAACGUUAGUAACGUUAGCGCGCGCUGUGUUACAACAUCCUGUAAAAACAAAACAAACACAAAUUAGGGUGUAUUUACUUUAGCACUUGGACUGUACUGCUUUUUAGAAAUGGAGCGGCCAUCUAGGAAUAAGAAAUCCAUCAACUAUUCAGACUUCAUGGAUAAUGAUGAUGAAGACUUCGCCACAGUGAAAGCCCCUCCGAACAAAAAAGCUCGAGCUUCUGUCAAGGAAUGUUCGCAAGACAAAACCAGGAAAGAUGAAAUCAUUGAUUCGACUGCUAAAUCACGCAAAGAACGAGUAUCCCUGGAUGAUAAAGUGUAUCAGAGAGAUUUGGAAACUGCUCUCAUGCUUUCUCAGAUUCCUUCUACAGAAAAGCCUGAAGCAGUACUUAGCAAUUGUCAAGAAAAGUCAGAGUCGUGUGAAGACAUACCUCCAGUGCUGACGCACUUCAGUGUAGAUGGGAGCUCUCUUGACAAUGAAAACCUUUCAAUUCAUCCUCCUGAAGACUUGCCCCCUGUCCUGUCGAACUGUAGUGUAGAUAUCACAUGUUUAGGAUUAGAUCAGAUAGCCAUCGAGCAGACGAAGAAAAAGCCCCAAAGGGCAGCUGAGCAAAAGAAGUGUGCGUUCCAGGACGCGAAAGAGAACGACGAUGACGAAGACUACAGACCUCAGAAUACACCCGAGAGUGACUCUGACUUCAGUGACCCGGGUGAGAGCGAGGAUGAAGAAUACACAGUGAAGACAAAACGAGAUAAAAAGAAAACCACCAAGAAUGAGAAAAAGACGUCUUCCAAAGAUGUUAAGAAAGAUAAGAAGCCAGCAAAACCGGCUAAAAGCAAACCACAGUCCAAAGUAAAAAACACAGCGCUUAGUAGCCCAGGAGUCAGGAGUCCAGCUGCUACUAAGCCUCUCUCCACACUGAACAGAACUCCCACCACUCCACCUUUGAAUAAAUCUGCCCUUCAUACCAGUCCUUCCGGGGGUAGAAUGCCAAAGUGGACUCCUCCAGCUCGGGUAGGGAGGAGCCCCGGCUCAUGUCAGAGUCCUCCCGUUAAGUCGCCUGGACUUGGUCUACGAUUAGGACUGUCCCGUCUGGCUCGAGUAAAACCCCUGCAUCCCAAUACCGUAGCACAUUAGGAGCUUUUGU